CUUACACACCCUUGGGUUGAUUUCAUGUCCGCCUGUGAGCCACCUGGAACCUGUAUAACUGCUGCAGUUCAAAAGGUAUAUAACCUGCCUCCAAACACCUUCCCGGUCCAGCUGAGAGGAUCUGGUGGAGAUGAGGACUACUCUUGCCACCUUGCUGACUGUUGUCCUAUGUGUGGAGCAAGCCUAUGCAUUUAUGUGCUACGUGUGCCAGGAGCAGGAGUCCAACAAGAACUGUUUGACCAUUUCCAUGUGCUCAAAGGAAGACAAAUAUUGUGUGACCGUCCGGAAUGACAUUGGAACAAAGCCCAAUGAGCCUAAGUAUGUCUACUCCAAGAUGUGUUCUCCAACAUGUCCAGCAACAAGUCAGCAACAAAACCAAACCUAUCAGAAGGUUUCUUGCUGUGAGAAGCCAUUAUGCAAUGUGAAUGGAGCCAGCAGCAAGCAGAACAGCUAUGCAGUGAUGUGCCUGGGCAUCCUAACUAGUGUCGCUUAUAUCUUUACAUCUGGACUGUGA